AUGGCAACGGCGAGGCGCGACCAGCUUGACUGCUUCAGGUCUGCGACCUGCACAGCUGCCGCCACUUACAGCAAUCCGGUGGAGCACGUCAUCUCCGUCCCGGGCGCUGUCACGAUCACCAGCGUGAGCGAGGGGACCUGCAUGAGCAUCCACCGCAUCAUCCCAUGGAACCUAAAGGUGCGAGAUGCACGGCAAAACAGGAGGUGCAUGGAUGCACGGACAGACAAUACGAAUGUCUACACUCAGAGCUGCCAUGACGGCAGAAACCAGCUGUGGUACAUGUUGGACGGCAACAUCAUGAGCCUGUUUGACAGGAAGUGCUUGGACUACCACACCGACACGAGGAACGUGUACAUGCAUGAGUGCCACGGCGGUGCCAAUCAGAAGUGGUACUUCGAAGAAGGCACUGCUCGCAUCCGCAGCGAGGUGGACCACAAGUGCCUGGAUCUUAACAUAGGCGACGCUUUCAACAUCUACAUGUACGACUGCCACGACGAGAAAAAUCAGCAGUUCGACCGUGAAGAGCGCAGCAACAGUGCCUUCACGAUUGCUCUCCACUUGGACUGCAGCGAGUCCGAGUUUGAGGAAAUCACGGUGGAGCCCGUGAAUUGGCAGAAAUUCCAGCUCAGGAACAGCCCAAACACGCUCCCUGGCGAUUUCCGCUGGAAGAACGACGUGAAGAAGAUUCAGAACGUCCACACCGGCAAAUGCCUCGAAGCCAAAACGCUCGGCCGCGUGGAGGAGGUUGGGGCAUUCAGGUCUAGUUUCACCCGGGUGAAACAGGUCAUCAGCUCUAUGAGAAAGACGAGCUCCGAGAUUCGGUACCACUGCAGCCACGUCUCUUCCCUUGGAAUGUGCACGGAGCACUACUCCACGCAGGUGGAGACGAUCUCACCCGAGCUUGAGACGAUCAAGGCGCUGACGAUGCUUGGGGCAACCUGUCCUCCAAGCGAAGGUCUGAAGAGCUUGGAGUUCGAGGCCUCAGACAAAGGCAAAUGGAUUCGCUUCAAGUAUGUCUGCUGUCAGAUCAGCCGCUUACCAGUGUCCAUCUACCCUCCGCUGGGCAACGGGGACAAGCGGUCCUUUGAAGAGGACAUGGCCCAAGGUUGGGAAGGUGUGUACUGCCCAGUCGCACCGGACGACAGCGGUCGGAUGGCAUUCUUGCAGACAAGGAGCUUCCGUCCUGGGCUCCGCCUCCUUUUCAACUUACAGAUGUUUGUUUACGACAGGCAUCUCGGGAAGUGGUGCGUACAUGGUCGAAGUUGUGUGGACUCUGAUGUUGUACAUCCGUUGGACACAUCGCUGCACAACGACGAAUGGUCUGUGAUUCCCGUCAGCGACUUCGACGCCGUGUUCGAGGCAAAGGGCGCCAAGCCCUUGGCCGCCAAAAAGAAGCGGAAGCCGCCUCCACUCAUCAAGUUCGGCGCGAGCGACCCCGAGUACUUGCCGGAAUGCAAG